UACUAACCAGGCCGGCUACUCUUUAUAUGCACUGUGACUCUCCUAGUGGGCAGAUUGCUGUUUCUCCUCCAAAAAAGCCUUGCAUUGACUCCUCCUUCACUUGGACAGAAUGGGGCCCUUUGUAAGGGGGGCUCCCCAGCAUUCCAGAGGGAAUUCCAACAGUAUUUGCAGCAAGUCUGGGGAGUGUGAUCAGCAAGACAGGCAAAGAGGGAGGGCACUAAAGCAAGUUUUCCACCCAGAGAGAGAGAGAGAGAGAGAGAGAGAGGAUUUAACAGGGUGUGUGUAAACGGACUAAAUGACUUUGACACACUGCUUAUACAGCUGCUUUGAAAGCCACAAGCAUGUUACACACGGUCACUGAGUGGCUGUGGUGGGAGCGUUUGUGGCUGCCCGUGAACGUCUCAUGGGCGGACCUGGAGGACCGCGACGGCCGGGUCUAUGCCAAAGCCUCCCAGCUGUACGGCGUGCUUCCUCUUGCCCUCUGCCUCCUCGUUGUCAGGUUCCUUUUUGAGAGGUUGGUGGCCGCGCCGCUGGCCGACGUUUGUGGUGUCAAAGACAGACUACGUCGCGCUGUUGAACAAAAUGUCAUCUUGGAAAACUACUUUUGCGCCAAAGCGCACGUUCCGUCUCAGGCGGACGUUCGGGCUCUAUGCAAGAAGACAAGCUGGACCGAGCGAAGAGUUCAACUGUGGUUCCGUAGGAGGCGGAACCACCAGCGUCCAGGUCUUCGUAAGAGAUUCUGUGAGGCCAGCUGGAGAUGUGUAUUCUAUUUUUUUGCAUUUAUUGGCGGCAUUGUCGCCCUCCACGAUAAACCCUGGUUUUACAAUCUGAAGGAGGUUUGGACAGACUUCCCUAAACAGUCAUUGCUGCCAUCCCAGCACUGGUAUUAUUUCCUGGAAAUGGGCUUCUACCUUUCGCUGCUCCUCAGCCUCACGUUCGACGUGAAGCGGAAGGACUUUAAAGAGCAGGUGAUCCACCACAUCGCUACGCUGACUCUGUUGGCAUUCUCGUGGAUCUCCAACUACAUCCGCGUGGGCACCAUCGUGAUGGCGCUCCACGACUCGGCCGACAUCCUGCUCGAGGGUGCAAAAGUGCUCAACUAUGCUAAGUGGCAUAAGAUGGCAAAUGCCAUGUUUGUAGUCUUCACUAUCCUUUUCAUGCUGACCAGACUCGUGAUUUUUCCUUUUUGGGUGAUCCACUGCACGUGGGUAUAUCCACUCGAGAGCUACCCCGCGUUCUUUGGCUACUAUUUCUUCAAUAUCAUGCUGCUGGUGCUCCAGAUGCUGCACAUAUACUGGGCCUUCCUGAUUUCAAAAAUGCUCUUCAAGUGUCUCUUCAGCAAGCUGGAAGGGGACGACAGGAGCGAUCAAGAGGAGGAUGACAGCGAGGAGGAGAGAAAGUACAAGCGGAGUCACAUGAACGGUGCCGGAAUCCGGGGCCAAGCAAACGGUCAUUGAUGGAGUAGGAGGAGUGACUUGCACAAAAUCUCAGUAGACUGUAUAGAAAUUACAGUGCGGUGCAUCCAGAAAGUAUUCAUUGCAAUUCACUUUUUCCACAUUUUGUUUGGUCACGGGAUUAUUUCCAGGGGUGCCUUUACAUAGAAAUGCCCAAAUUUAUGAUUUUUGGGCUUGAUCAAUUUUUAUUUUGUUUAUUACUUUAUUUUUUUGCUUCUGGAGUGCUUUAAUACACUCACAUGUGGGCAAGAACAGUAAACCAUCAAUUGUGAACACUCGCAAGAAUCUGCUUUAGACCACAACUGGCGCCUCGACACACACUAACAACUCGACUCCAUCUCCUGAGAUCACAAAGCGACGCCCCCUUAAAGGCAUUCUCGUUUAUUGUUUUUAUAUCAUAGUUUUUGUGUUUGUUUUUUUAAAUAAACACAUAACAAAUAACAUUUUAUUAGAGCAAAUUAAAUGUCACAGAACUAUAGUGGGUCAAGGUACCACUGUGGAUUCAACUCACCACGUGACUUGUUUUUACGAAGUGAGCUCAAGCCCUUUGCGCACCACUUCCUCCAGGAAAGCGCCAGUUGUUAUAUUUGGUAGGAUUUAAUACAAAAAAAUGUGUGAAACUGCAAUAUCAAGAAAGGCAUUCGGUAAGUAAAGUGUCUAUUCAUACAAACCUAUUGAAAUGGACAUAAACAUCAAAAGUUGUUAGUCGUUAAACAAACACAAUGAAAGUGCGGCAAAAUAUCGUGCCUUUAUUACUUUGGAUGGAGACAAACAUGACCUACUUCAGUACAACUACUUGGCCUCGAGAAAUUUCCUGGUGUUUCCUAUUACGAGCUGAGAUUGUUCAUUUUUUUAUGAACCUCUGCCCUCUACUGGCCACGAAGAAAAUCUGCUGCUGCGUGUCAAGUUUUGAAGAUAAAAAUUAUGUAACAUACAAUAUGGAAAAGGAGAACCGCUGUGAAUACUUCCCAGAUGCACAGUACUAUGCGAUCAGAUUAUUGUAUUUGAAAGAAAAAAAAACUGAAGGAUAAGCCAUGACCUGAUAUGAAGGUACAUAUUAGCGAAGCUUAAAUAAAACCCACUUCAACGCAA